UCAGUUCCAGUCCUUAUAUUAUCUAAGACCGCGGCAAAUCUGCACAGCGGAGUAUAAUGGUCAUGCGCAAUAGAAUUCUUAUCACCAAAACUUCAGUUUAUUUUCGGUUGAAAGUUGCGCCUAAAUUUUUCAUCGGAUUUCCUUUGGAACUAGGUAGGACACAGUCAUGAGCGUCAGUGAGAUUUGUGAGAAUACUAAGAUGGGACGAGAGUACGCCCUCCUUGGGAACUAUGACACUGCCUUGGUCUAUUACCAGGGUGUCCUACAACAGAUACUGAAACUGGUGUCUCAGAUUAAGGACCCCGCCAGGAAGCAAAAGUGGCAACAGGUGCGCCAGGAAAUCGCAACAGAGUAUGAACAUGUCAAGGACAUCAGCCAGACCUUGGCGAAUUUCAAGAAAGAUACUGUGCACUAUGGAGGCUUCAAACACGGCCAUGAAGAGCCUACGAGGGACCCUGAUGUCUGGCCUCCGCCAACUCCCGUAGAGAGGGAUAGCAGACCUGCAAAACCAAUGCCUCGGCCUGUGGUGAAGAAAAAUGAUGACUAUUCACCUGCUGGCCGACACGCCCCUCCCGCUAAACGGCCAGAAAAACCAGGUGAUAGGAGGGCAGGUAAGGGUGCUCCGCCCAGCAACAAGCCGUCACGACCAGCACAUGGGCGGCCAGGUCACAGCAAGGAACGUAAGGAGGGUGAAAAGGACAAGGGAAGGAAAUCAGACGAAAAGUCUGAGGAUGGGGAGAAGAAGUUUGACCCAAGUGGAUGCGAUAAGGAUUUGGUUGAAGCCUUGGAACGAGACAUUCUGCAGAAAAACCCUAAUGUACACUGGGCUGAUAUUGCUGACCUACACGAAGCAAAGAAACUCUUAGAAGAAGCUGUUGUUCUGCCAUUGCUUAUGCCUGACUACUUCCAGGGUAUUCGGAGACCAUGGCGGGGUGUGUUGAUGGUAGGUCCUCCUGGAACAGGCAAGACCAUGCUGGCCAAAGCAGUGGCCACUGAGUGCGGGACCACCUUCUUCAAUGUGUCAUCAUCUACACUCACAUCCAAGUACCGAGGAGAAUCCGAAAAACUUGUCCGUAUUCUAUUCGAAAUGGCCCGUUUCUACGCCCCCAGCACAAUCUUUGUAGACGAGAUUGACUCUAUCUGUAGUCGUAGAGGGUCUGACAGUGAACAUGAAGCCAGUCGCCGUGUCAAGUCCGAGCUCCUGGUGCAAAUGGAUGGUGUCGGAGGUUCAUCAGAUGAUGGUGAAAGCAAGCAAGUCAUGGUCCUCGCUGCUACAAACUUCCCAUGGGAUCUGGACGAGGCUCUCAGGCGUCGACUGGAAAAAAGGAUCUACAUUCCCCUCCCUACAGCGGAGGGCAGGCUUGAGCUUCUAAAGAUUAACCUUCGAGGUGUUCAGAUGUCUGAGGAUGUCAUCCUGGAGGAAGUCGCCAACAAGAUGGAUGGUUAUAGCGGUGCUGACAUCACUAACGUGUGCAGGGACGCGUCCAUGAUGGCCAUGCGUCGACGAAUCAAAGGUCUCACCCCCGAGGAGAUCAGGAACCUCCCCAAAGAGGAGCUUGACCUGCCUGUCAAUCAAGAGGACUUUGACAUGGCCCUCAAGAAGGUCUCCAAGUCGGUGUCUGAUGCAGAUAUCAAGAAAUACGUGGAUUGGAUGACGGAAUUCGGAUCAACAUAAAGAGCCAGGCUGCCAAAUGCGUGUGGUUGUAUACCAUGCGCAUGGUAUUUUCCGUGAAUAAUCUACGAGACUGGCAUACCUUAAAAGCUCUAGUAGCCAUUUCUAUUGAAAAUCCUAGCGUAGUGCAUUUAGGGGAAGGGUGACUUAAAUGAGAUGGGGGACUCGAUAGAGAUUAUACGAUUUCUACGGUGAUCACUUGUUCUUUCAAUCAGUGUGAAUUGUUGUAUGAACUACGAGUCGAACUUUCUUUUCACUUGCAAUGUAAUAUGCGUGUGAAUUGUUGUAUGAACUACGAGUCGAACUUUCUUUUUUCUUGCAAUGUAAUAUGCGUAGAGUAAUACAUUCAAGGAUGAAUAAAAUGUUCUUGGGCUGA